GAAAACCCUAGGCCUGGGUUUAUAAACCCAUCUAAAAUACGCUGAGCUUCUGUUUUCUCUGAGAGGUCGUCGAAGCUCAGAAACUGCUUGGCUUUCCCAGCUCCGCCGCACUCUUCAAUUUGCCUCCGAGAGAAAAGCUGAGGGAAAAAGAAUGGCGUACGCAGCUAUGAAGCCGACGAAACCGGGGUUGGAGGAGCCCCAAGAGCAGAUUCACAAGAUCCGUAUCACUUUGUCCUCCAAGAACGUCAAGAAUCUCGAAAAAGUUUGUGCUGACUUGGUACGUGGUGCCAAAGAUAAGAGGCUCAGGGUAAAGGGACCAGUGAGAAUGCCUACCAAGGUUCUUCACAUCACCACUAGGAAGUCUCCAUGUGGUGAAGGAACUAAUACCUGGGACAGAUUUGAGCUCCGGGUUCACAAGCGAGUGAUUGACCUUUUUAGUUCCCCAGAUGUUGUGAAGCAGAUUACUUCAAUCACCAUCGAACCUGGUGUGGAAGUUGAAGUUACCAUUGCUGAUUCCUAGACACCUACACCCAUUGCAUUUCCUUGUAUUUCUUCAUUUUGCUAGUCUAAGUUGAAGACUAAUUUUUAUGUGUUUUUGCCGGCCCUGUUAGAAGUCUGGAAUUCCCGCCUCUGAGUAAUGAACCGAUGAUUUGUAGCAAGGGUUGUGAAAAGACCAUUCAAGAAAGGGAAUGUAGGUAUUUUGUUUAUUUACUUACUCUUAAUGCAUAAUACUUUCAAAAGUUGAGAACUGAACUUCCAACAUAUGUAUGGUCCCUGGUCCAUCAUUCAUGGGGUGUAUUUCUGAUUUAUGUGUUUCACU